CGUCUGACGGUUGGAGUCGCGCGGAAGUCUUAAAUGGUGCUGGUGUAACGGUAUUAAAGAUCACUAAUGUAGGUUCGUUUUCCUUAUUGCAGGGUAGUUAAAAAUAAACUUACUGAAAGAAGAGGAACAGGUCCUACGCAAGCUGGACCUGCAGAACAAUGAAUAAAUCCAUUUUGUGAUAAGUUUCCCGUUUUGUACUCGAACCGCGUCUUUCAAUUUUUAAAUAUAUAUCUGUUGUGCCAGUACGUCGCGUUCUUACUUCAGUGGCGUUUACCGGUCCUGACUGUUGUGUUGUGUUUUAGGUCACUCCUGCUUCCAAGUGAACGUUAAUAGUACGUGCUACACUGGUGAGAUGCUGACGACAUUGACGUGAAAAUUAUUGAAUAAUUGUUUGGAUUGAUACAUUUAGUUGAGCAGUUGCAAGUAGUUAGGAGCUAAUUGAGCUGAGAUUAUAUACACGCAUCUCAGCGGGGUUUACUCCAACGGCAAUUAGUUGCCGUUCCAGGCAACUGAUUGAGUUGCUCAUUACAACUGUCAUUAGGUUUGUUCAGUGAGCAGCGUAAUUUUUGUUUAGAAGUCGUCGAUUAGUUGGUUGGUUAGAUCACUGAUAUUGAUCGUGAUUACCCCAAAACUCGGUAAUCUCGGUGAUUUGAUCAAAGUUAUUCUACUUUACGUUUUCAUGUAUCCUAUCUUUGGUUUUAAUAAAAGUUCGUGGUUGCGAUAAGUGUGUCCAGUUUGGUUGUUGGGUAUAAUGCGACUUUCAUAAACUGUAUUUGUAUGAACUGUAACAUGUCAUAACUCAAAUCAUUACCCACUAAAUAUGUAGUGUCAUACGACUUUGUCAUCCUUUGGAUGUUAUCUCUGGUUCAAAUGUCACUCCUAGAUAGCCUGCGUUGUUUGAUUGUAUGUCCUUGUAACGAGUUUGUACAAGUCUAUUUUUGUUUUGAUGUCAGGUGAUGGUCCAAAGUCUUUACACCAGUUUGUCCACCGAACCAAUUAUUCAUCUGAAUAUAUUCUGACGAUAGUCCUAGUGAACUUUAAUGGUACAUCGGUACUGCGUGAAUAAGAAAUUACAAUAUAUAUAUAUAUAUAUAUAUAUAUAUAUAUAUAUAUAUAUCAAGUUUUUGAAGUCAUUGUGAGCACUACCAUGUGAAGGAAUUAUAAAGCAAUUAGCCUCUUUGAUAAAUUUCGAUAAUGUAAUAAUAAUAAUAAGAUUAUCAGAAUUAAGUGAUAUAUUGGCGCAAUACAUUUCGAACAGUCUGAUCAUGUAGGGAAAGAUGCCGGUCAAUGGCAGUUUCUUGAAUCAUCCGUCACAGUCAUUUGCCAUUUUUCGUUAAAAAUCUUCAGUAAUAGAUGCAGACUACGAAGUUUGUAUCGAAUUAGUGAUUAUACUUUUACUAUAUUACAUAUGUAAUAUAGUAAAAGCUUAUAGGAUAUUCUAUAAACUUUCCCUUAGCUAUAGUUUGAUGUUUUCCAAUAUUGUAUUCUAAUUAAAUUUAAUACUUAUGGUGGACCGAUAAAAACCAGCUUCUUAGCGCCAGCGAAAGUUUUUGGCUGUUGUUUAUUUCGGUUAUCUAGUUAAAUUCGUGCCACGGUCUGCGUUUAUUUCAAGUGAAGUCUGUGUUCAUUGAUUAUGAGGUUUUAAAGUUCGAUAAUUUAAACACGUUUAAAGUACUUGACAGGUUCAGAAUCUAGGUAGUUGGUUUUGGAGAUCAAAUUAGUUAAGUUUGUUUUUGUCAGACUUAUGGGUUACAAUACCAUGAAAAACUUAAGAACAAAUGACUUUCGCUUCAGUCGGCUACUCUUUAAGGGCACCCACUGGCUAUUCUACCAGGAAUUAGGACUAGUACAUUCAGGUGUUGGAGCGAGCUUAUUUUCUUUAGACCUCUGGGUUGGAAUUCUGUGGUUUACAUUUCGGAAUCACAUCAGCUUUAGGUUUACCACGUUAAUGAUGCCUUUUGCACUUGCUUAAUGAAGACCAGUCACGACUUCUGACUAGACCUUCGAGAAUUCGCCGAAGUUGGUCACUAAUGCGCACACCAUUAUUGUUUAGUCCUAACUGGCUAGGUUGUGACAACUUUUGAGUUCAAACACAGCUUUGCGUGUAUCAGAUUGAGAAUAUAGCAGAUAUCUUCAUCUGAUUAAAUGCAAUUCCAAACCAAGUACAUAAGCAUUUACUUAAUUGCUGUAUUUGACUAUAUUUUCAAGUUUGGAUAUACAAAAGCAAGAGUCUGAGUUGGCAUUUAUUUUCAAACCUUAACUUUUGCAAACUGGAAAUUUUGAUCUUAGUUAACCUUGUAUAAUCAAUCCUUUAAUAUUUCAUGUUUACACAGUCUUAUUCAGAUCCAUUAAAUGUAUAAUGGGGGAUCAACUACUUUUCGAAAAUCUUGACGAGAAGCUAGAGGAUGAAGAUGGAUUUGUAUGCGUACUGAUAUGCAUCAGAUAACCUUUAUUUUCCAGAUUACUGCAAGUUGGUUAUCUAUCACUUUCGACUUGAAUAUAGAUGCAUCGAGACGGUAAUCUAUCUGGUUCUCAAUAGAUAUAUAUAUGUACGCAUAUUCGUUUAGUUUGAUGGCGGCAUAUCUCCAGGCACGUGACAACUUGUCAUCUGUAUAUCUACUGACUGGGAUCAGUAAACAAAAUGAUAUAUUAGUUAAGUUGGCCAAUUCAGACCAGUUAUCACUGGCUCAGAAGUCGUUCUCGUUUCCACCUAAAUGUGUUGUGUAUAGUAUACAACGCCGACAAUGCAAGGAUUCUUUAUCAUUGGCUUGCUACGAUUUAUUGCAUAAUAUUUCUACAGAUCAAUUAAAAAGAUUAACUAGUAUUCCGUGGGAGUCAUCUUCUGAUCCACUGUCAUGUCGAGAAAAUCAAGAGACUGCACAGAAAGCACCGGAACAUGUUGAUUCUCCUGUGUUACCGAGUCUUGCUGCCAGUAAGUUACUGGAAUUGCUCAACAAAAUUAGGUGGAUGCAAUAAGAAAAUUAAAACUUCAGAUUUCAAAAACUUUUUCAGUAAGAUUGAAAAGUCUGUCCAGGAUGAUAAAACGCUUGAAAAUUAUUUAGCAACAAGCACUAAAAAUAACAUAAUUCCUAAGCCAGUAGAAAGUGCGAAACUGGAUGUAUCGGACGAAGACGAAGAAUUUGGUUUGAAAACUACAUCUUCUUCACAAAAGCGGAAAUGUAUUGUCAUUGAAUCCGAUGAAGAAAAAGAAGAGAGUAGUACAAUGCCUAAGGAUUGCGUGUCUACUAAUUUAUUUAAUUCUAAAGCAAGUACGAAACUUAGAAACAAUGAUAAACAGAAAAAGCGACCUACUCGCAGAAAAGAUAAACUGAAAGUAUUAGCUUCUGAUUCAGAAGCUGAUUCAUUUUUCAUGGAGCCUACACAAUCUGAAAAAUCACCCGACAAUGUUAAAAAAAUCGGUGUUAAAACUUUGUCAACACCGAGUAAGUGUGAAGAAAAUUCAAGAACUGAGAAAUCUAGCUGUGCUGCUAGUUUAAAUCGUAUUCGUCACCAAGUAAUGAAAACGUUUGCAGAUGAAGAUGGCUUUAUGGUUACGGAAAAAGGCUGGGAAUGUUCAUCAGACGAUGAAACCUCUAAAGCGACAACAGCACCCUCUCCUUGUAUGGAUCAAAAUGAGAAAAAUGAACGGGUUCAACCAAAAAUUGAUAAUCCGGUCUCUCUAACCGCACCACCAACGAUUCAACAGACUAAGCCACCCAAACAAUCAAACAAAAAGAAUACGAAUAAUAAGCCGGCAGCUAGUAAACAAGCUUCAUUGUCAUCAUUUUUCAAGCCUAAUAAACUGAAAGUAUUAGCUUCUGAUUCAGAAGCUGAUUCAUUUUUCAUGGAGCCUACACAAUCUGAAAAAUCACCCGACAAUGUUAAAAAAAUCGGUGUUAAAACUUUGUCAACACCGAGUAAGUGUGAAGAAAAUUCAAGAACUGAGAAAUCUAGCUGUGCUGCUAGUUUAAAUCGUAUUCGUCACCAAGUAAUGAAAACGUUUGCAGAUGAAGAUGGCUUUAUGGUUACGGAAAAAGGCUGGGAAUGUUCAUCAGACGAUGAAACCUCUAAAGCGACAACAGCACCCUCUCCUUGUAUGGAUCAAAAUGAGAAAAAUGAACGGGUUCAACCAAAAAUUGAUAAUCCGGUCUCUCUAACCGCACCACCAACGAUUCAACAGACUAAGCCACCCAAACAAUCAAACAAAAAGAAUACGAAUAAUAAGCCGGCAGCUAGUAAACAAGCUUCAUUGUCAUCAUUUUUCAAGCCUAGUAAUACUGUAAACUAA